AUGAAUAAGGAGACAGUUUGUUACUUGCUAUUUUUUCUUAUAUUUGCUAAAAGAAUUACAUGCUGGUCGGAUGAAGGGCAUAUGCUAUCAACUGCCAUUGCAUAUGAAGGACUGACUAAAGAAGAGAAGCUAAUUUUAGAAAAAAUUUUUAAGAAUUACAAAGAGGAUAAAGAUUUUAAUGAUCCUAUAUACGCCUCUAUAUGGGCUGAUCAUAUAAAACCCUUUGAUAUUCAUUAUCCUAAUAAUAUAAGAAGAUCAGGAGGUAUAGACUUAAUGAAUAAAUGGCAUUAUAUUGAUACACCUUAUAACCCACUCAAUGUUCGUAUAAAUAUAUUUCAAGAAUAUUAUUAUAAGAAUACAGACAAUGCAUUAACAGUAUUAAAACGCAUUUUUAAGUUGUUAAAAAGUAUAAAAAGAAAAGAAAAUUUCGGUACUUUUUUUUCGUAUAAUUUUAAUUUAAGGUAUUUUAUUCAUAUUUUUGGUGAUAUUCAUCAACCAUUACAUGUUAUAACUUUUUAUAAUAAUAAUUUCAUAAAUGGAGAUAAUGGAGGAAGAGACAUUAAUAUAUUAUAUAAAAAUAAAGUAGAGAAUUUGCAUUAUUUAUGUGAUUGUGUUUUUCACUCAAGAAGAAAGAAAUGGCCAACAGUAACACCAAAAGAAGUAAUAAAAGAAGCAAAAUCUUUAAUGAACCUAUAUCCUCCUGAGUAUUUUGGAAAUAGAUUAAAAAAUGAUUUAAAUGAAUAUGAAUAUCUUGAUUUUAUAAUAAGUGAUAGUUAUAAUAAAUGCGUUCAUAGUAUCUAUUAUAAUUUCCCACAUGAAACAUUAAAUAAAAAUACUUCAUAUGAUGUAACAAAUUUUUUUGUCGUUAAUUUAAAGAAAACUUUGAACGAACAAAUUGUGUUAGGUGGAUAUAGAUUAACACAUUAUUUAAAAGUUAUCAUUGCUAAUAUUCCCCCAGAUCUUGUUAAUACAAAUAAAUAUAUGAAGUGA